AUGAAGCUCCUUGCUGCGUUGGUCAAGAAGAGCGCUUGUGGAAUUCCUGUUGGUUUCAAUGGGGAUGGUUCAGCAUGUCCUCCUGAAUGGUACCAUAUUGGCGUUGGAAGACCCGCGAGACUUUGCUCCGCCUCCUGGAACAAGGAAACGAGGCCAUGGAAACAAGGCCACUGUUUUGCCAGGAGUAAAAAUGGCGCCGCUUCGUUCUGCGCAUCGCUGUUUUCCGCACAAGAGGCCGUGAAGCUGCCCUUACCCACCAUGGCGGCGGACACAGGGCCCGCUCUGAAAGAGGCUCCGAUUCCCUCCACGACAGGCUUCGGGGGCCCAUGUCGGAAAGUAUCAUGUCCUUAUGAUCCUAACCAUCAAAUGCCCGUGACUUCCCUGGAGAAGCAUAUGAUGUCCUGCAGGCUGAGGAAACUAGAGUACUCCAAAGAGGAGGAGAAUGAAAUGUAUGAUUCUUCUUUUUUCUAUGAAAAAGCAAAAAUCCCUAAAGUUCUCAUGGACAAGAAUUUGCAGUUUGACAUUAUUAAACAAGCUGCUACCAAAGGGUGUGGAAGUUAUUUCCCAGGUGCUUAUUCCUCUCUGCCUGUCGAAGUUCCAGAAAACCACAAGCGCUACAUCUGUGAUCUGACCCAGGCUGACCGCCUUGCAAUUUAUGACUAUGUCCUUGCUGAGACAAAGAACCAGAGGUCAAGAUCCCAGCUGGCGGAAAAUGACAGUGAUCUCUUCGUAGAUUUGGCAGCAAAAAUCAACCAAGAUGACGGUCAGAAAGGUCCCAAGUCCCACCUUGAAAUUCUCGCAGAGAUGCGCGACUACAAAAGACGGCGGCAGUCCUACAGAGCUAAGAAUGUGCACAUAACAAAGAAAUCCUACACAGAGGUAAUCAGAGAUGUAAUUGGGGUGCACAUGGAAGAACUGGCUACUCACUGGCAGGAGGAGAAUAGGGACACAGAAGCUUGUGACAACGAAACAUCCUCAUUAUCAGUAAAGUCUUCAAGAAGAAAAGACGAGCGGCGGUCUGGAUCUGCUGACUCAAGACAGUCUGAAGGAAGUUCUCGGGAUGUUGAUCACUCCAGGCAUAGAAGAAAUCCCAGCAGAAGUCCAGGCAAAAGAAAAAGAAGCCGAGAAAAAAGUUCCCGAAGAAAAAGAGAGAGAGAUGAAGACAAGCAUCACAGCCGCAAAAAAAGAUAGUAAGAUUUGUACCAUCACUGGAAAAUGUACCAUCCUGUGGAAAUGCCAGAAAUUGAAAAUGUGAUAUUUCACUGUUGUGUCAACUUUCAUAAUUUAAUAAAUGUGGUGUAAGAUCUA